GAAACAAUCGCAUCACGCUCAAAACGUUUUCUUCUUCACUCUCUCUGCUUCUUCUUCUUCUCUCUCUCUCUCUCUCUCUCUCUCUCUCAGAGAAUGCAAUCGUGAAAACCCUAAACCCGCCGUGAAAGAAGAUGGAUCGCAAGGGAAAGGGUAAACAGGUCGCCGGAAAUAGUUCGUCUUCCGGCGGAAAGAAAAGGAAAAACACCGUCGAAUUCAGAGAUGAAGGUUUGAGGAUUAAGAAGCGGAAAAACCCUCAAGUUCUUCAAUUCUUCGAGGAAUCCGCUGAAGUUGGCUACUAUGGAGGCAGCUCCGACGAAGAUGAUGACGGAUUAGGUUUCCUUAACGAUAUGGAAGACGAACCUGAGGUUGUUGAAGAGAGUGGUAAGGCUGGCAAGGGAGAAAAGGGAAACUCCUCCUCUUUUGUUUUUCCAAAGGAAGAAGAUAUUAACGAGGAGGAGUUUGAUAGGAUAAUGGAAGAAAGAUACAAGCCAGGUUCUGGUUUUCUUAGAUAUGCUGAUGAUGAUGUGAAAGAUUCCAUUGAGAUGGAUGCUCUUGCUCCAACUUCCAAGGAUCCUCCCAUUUGGAAAGUCAAGUGUACGAUUGGACGGGAAAAGCAUUCGGUUGUCUGUCUCAUGCACAAAUUUGUUGAGAUGAAGAAGACAGGCACCAAAUUGCAGAUCAUAUCUGUCUUCUUUGCGGACCAUGUCAAGGGUUUUAUUUUCAUAGAAGCGGAAAAAGAACGUGACGUUCUCGAGGCAUGCAACAAUUUAACUGGUAUAUACGCUACUCGGAUGGGGUUAGUUUCUAAAGACGAAACUCCAAAUCUGCUAACUGUCCAGAGGAAAACAAAAAAAGUUUCUGAGGGAACAUGGGCUCGUGUCAAGAAUGGUAAAUACAAAGGAGAUCUUGCUCAGAUUGUGGCUGUGAGUGACACUCGAAAAAAGGCAUUAAUAAAGUUAAUUCCGAGGAUUGAUAUUCAGGCCUUGACCCAAAAAUAUGGUGGGGGAGUUACUAUCAAAAAAGUCCAGACUCCAGCUCCAAGAUUGAUCAGUUCAAGCGAACUCGAAAGAAAAAUAUUANGAGAUGAAGGUUUGAGGAUUAAGAAGCGGAAAAACCCUCAAGUUCUUCAAUUCUUCGAGGAAUCCGCUGAAGUUGGCUACUAUGGAGGCAGCUCCGACGAAGAUGAUGACGGAUUAGGUUUCCUUAACGAUAUGGAAGACGAACCUGAGGUUGUUGAAGAGAGUGGUAAGGCUGGCAAGGGAGAAAAGGGAAACUCCUCCUCUUUUGUUUUUCCAAAGGAAGAAGAUAUUAACGAGGAGGAGUUUGAUAGGAUAAUGGAAGAAAGAUACAAGCCAGGUUCUGGUUUUCUUAGAUAUGCUGAUGAUGAUGUGAAAGAUUCCAUUGAGAUGGAUGCUCUUGCUCCAACUUCCAAGGAUCCUCCCAUUUGGAAAGUCAAGUGUACGAUUGGACGGGAAAAGCAUUCGGUUGNUUACAAGUUUGGAGGAUAUUGGUUGGGGAUAAUCAUUAUGUGUUUGACNAAGAUUUCCAAAGGCCCAUCCGAGGGUAAACAAGGAGUUGUAAGGCAAGUAUACAGAGGGAUCAUAUUUCUUUAUGAUGAGAGCGAGGAAGAAAAUGGUGGAUAUUUCUGCUGCAAAUCACAAUCGUGUGAGAAAGUUAAACUCUUUACUGAAGAUUCCAGUGAGAAGACUGGUGGAUUUGAUGCUUCAGCUUUUGGAGAUUCUGUAUCUUCCCCAAAAUCGCCACUAUCUCCUGAAAAAGAGUGGCAGCCCAGGGAAAAAUACAGUAACUCCAAUAAAGGAGACAGAGGUGGCAUGUAUUCUAUUGGCCAAAAGCUGAGGAUACGUGUUGGUCCAUUGAAGGGGUAUCUCUGCCGUGUAAUAGCUUUACGCUAUUCUGAUGUUACAGUCAAGCUUGAUUCCCAGCAUAAGCUUUUAACAGUUAAAAGUGAGCAUCUUGCUGAGGUUCGUGACAGAAACACUGUGUUAAGUACAAGUGGGGAUCCGGGGAGUGGUUCCUUUCAACCUUUUGACAUGCUUGGGACAGAAGGCAGCUCUGGAGACUGGACGAAAGGAGUGGGCUCGUCAGGAGAGGUUGGUAACUGGAAUAUAGGAGCUGCGUCUACUGAUUUGAACACAUGGGGCAGUAAGCCUACGUCUGACAUUUCAUUUCAGCAGCCGACAGUUCCGGAUGAUAAUACUUCAACGUGGGCCAAUGCAGCAGCUGAGAAAAAAUCGUCCUCGGCUAGUGAUCAACCUGGUGGUUGGAAUUCCUGGGAUAAACCACCUGCUUCUGAAGCUGAUACUGUUGGUGGGUGGGGAGAUGCAGGUGCUUCAAAAGUUGAAGCUUCUUCGUGGGAACAAGGAGCUUCUACUUCCACUGUUGCAGAUUUAGGUUCCUGGGGCACGCACGGUAGAAGCUCUGAUGGUAAUAAGCAAGCAGAGGACUCAGUAUGGGGUAAACUAUGUGAAGCUUCUGAAUCUGGUUUGGAAAAGGGAAAUGGAGAAUCUAAUUGGGGUAACAAAGAUGGAAAUUCCAGCGCAAAUAACAAAGAGGGAGCUUCCUGGGGACAACAGGAUAAAGGCUUUGACGGGAGCAAGGGAGACUCUGCAUGGGAUAAUCAAGGUGGAGGUUUUGGUUCAGGAGAAAGGAAAGAUGGUUCUUCUGGUUGGAACAAGUCAGCAGAAGAUUCCAAUGCCAGUAGUAAGGGAGUUACUGGCUGGGGUAAACCAGAUGAUGUGUCUUCAUGGGGUAAUCAGGAUAAAGGAGGGUCCUCAUGUGUUGAACCUGGCGGUGGUUCUUCAUGGAGUAUGCAAGACGGGGGAUCGUGGGACAAAAAGGACGACAGAGGAUCAUCAUGGAGUAAGAAAGAUGAUGGUCAUAAGGAUGACGGAGGAUCUUCAUGGGGUAAAAAAGUUGAUGGAGGAUCUUCUUGGGGCAAAAAGGAUGAUGGAGGAUCAUCAUGGAGUAAGAAGGAUGAUGGUGGAUCUUCUUGGGGAAAAACGGAUGAUGGAGGAUCAUCAUGGGGUAAGAAGAAUUACGGAGGAUCAUCAUGGGGUAAGAAGAAUGACGGAGGAUCAUCAUGGGGUGAGAAGAAUGACGGAGGAUCGUCGUGGGAUAAGAAAGAUGACGGUCACAAGGAUAACGGAGGAUCUUCAUGGGCUAAAAAUGUUGACGGAGGAUCUUCUUGGGGAAAUAAGGAUGAUGGAGGAUCAUCAUGGGGCAAGAAAGAUGAUGGAGGAUCUUCUUGGGGUAAGAAAGAUGACGGAGGAUCAUCGUGGGAUAAGAAAGAUGACGGUCACAAGGAUAACGGAGGAUCUUCAUGGGCUAAACAUGUUGAAGGAGGAUCUUCUUGGGGAAAAAAGGAUGAUGGAGGAUCUUCUUGGGGUAAGAAGAAUGAUGGAGGAUCAUCGUGGGAUAAGAAAGAUGACGGUCACAAGGAUAACGGAGGAUCUUCUUGGGCUAAAACUGUUGACGGAGGAUCUUCUUGGGGAAAAAACGAUGAUGGAGGAUCAUCAUGGGGCAAGAAGGAUGUGGGAGGAUCUUCUUGGGGAAAAAAGGACGAUGGAGGAUCGUCGUGGGAUAACAAGGAUGAUGGAGGGUACUCGGGACAAACAUUUGAUAGGGGAGGACGUGGGUUUGGUGGGAGAAGAGGAGGUCGUCGAGGUGGGAGGGAUCAGUCUGGGAGGGGAAGAUCCUUCAGUAAUUCCGAGGAUCCAACUCCAUGGAAUAAACCAAGUGGCGGAUCUAGCUGGGGCAAGCAAGACGGUGUUGGUGGCAAUGGUUCUGCCUGGGGUAAGCAGAAUGAUACUAGUGGUGGAUCAAGCUGGGGCAGGCAGAAUGAUACUAGUGGUGGAUCAGGCUGGGGCAGGCAGAAUGAUACUAGUGGUGGAUCAAGCUGGGGCAGGCAGAAUGAUGGUGAUUCCAAACCUUGGAAUGAACACAAUGGUGCUGGUCGUGGGUUUGGUGGAAGAAGGGGAGGAGGGGGAUUCCGAGGAAGUUUCCGUGGAGGUAGAAACCAAUCAGGUAGAGAAGGAGGAAGGUCCUUUGAUGGUGAUCAAUCAUCUAGCUGGAAAACAGACAAUCAAGAAAACACUUGGAAGAGCGACCAAAGUGGUGGAUCAGACUGGAAAAAAGGUUGGGGAGAGAAUUCAAACGGUAGCAAGCCGUCCGGUUCGUCCUCUGGUGGUUGUGCCGGUAACUGGCCUGGCUGGGAUACUAACUCAAAGAAAGAAACCAAUGAUAAACCGGGAAACGAAAGCAAAUCAGCUUGGGGAACCAGUAACGAUCAGGCGACUACCGGAAACAACACUGACAGUUGGAACAAGAAGCCUAACAGUGAUGUUGGUACGAGUGGAGAAGCUGAUAACGCAUGGGGCGGCAAAACAAAUGCAGUGGAGUCUUCACCAAGUGGCUCGGCAGCGUGGGGAACCAGUAACGAUCAGGCGAAUACCGGUAACAACACUGACAGUUGGAACAAGAAGCCUAACAGUGAUGUUGGUACGAGUGGAGAAGCUGAUAACGCAUGGGGCGGCAAAACUAAUGCAGUAUCGUCCUCACCUAGUGGCUCGGCAGCGUGGGGAACCGAUGACAAAAAAUCUGGAUGGUAAAAAAGAAAUCCCGAAUUGACUUGUAAUUAAACUUCCACUAUCUAUCUCUAUCGAAGUCUCAACUCUAAACUCUAGUUAAACGCCAUGAGGUGUGUCUUUUAUUUAGUCUCUGGACUUUCCUUUUUUUGGCCCUCGUGGUUCAGUUUGUUUAUGCCGUUGCUAAGACUGAUCAAGGACCGAUUUUUUGUAGCUGUUUAUAAUGGCAUUAUUUGCAGCUUUUUAUAUA